AUGUCUCCUCCAGCAGGAAGCUUCACGGAGAUUCCCCGCCUCGACCUUUCCUUGUCUAGAGACCCAUCAACGGAGUCAUUGCUUCUCUCUCAGCUGCGCUAUGCCUUGAUCGACGUCGGAUUUCUCUAUGUAAAGAAUCACGGCGUACCUGACCGUGUGAUAUCCGACAUGCAGAAGGCUCUACCUAAACUCUUCUCUCUGCCAAGCCAAGCUAAAGAAAAGGUAGCAUUGAGAAAGUCACCUCACUUCUUGGGAUUCAGCGCCGACGGCUCCGAAAUAACGGCAGGGAAACGCGACCGGCGCGAGCAGUUUGAGUUUGCCAAUGAGCUGACGGCCACCUGGACUGAAGGGCUCCCUUUGAGUGAAAGACUUCGCGGCCCAAACCAGUGGCCGGAAGAAUAUCCUCAGCUUCGUGGUAUCGUAGAGGAUUACAUCACGGAGAUGACGGCCCUCGGUGAACGUUUCCUUCGCCUCGUGUCAAAGGCACUCUCGUUUCUCCGUGAUGACACCUUCCUCGGAUUUCUCUCCGACCAGCACCGACUUAAACUUGUUCAUUACCCCGCCAUGAAUGACGGGUCUGAAGGACAAGGUGUUGGACCUCACAAAGAUUCCUCAGGAUGGUGGACCUUUCUUUUACAGGCCUCCCCACCUCAUGUUAAGGGCUUGCAAGUCCUGAACAAGGAGGGGAAUUGGAUAGAUGUGCCAGUGCUCCCGGGGACCUUUGUCGUCAACAUCGGACAGGCCUUUGAGGUUGUCACCAAUGGAAUCUGCAAGGCCACUACUCAUCGUGUCGUUGGGGGGCCGUUGGAGCGAUUCAGCGUUCCUUUCUUCCAGGGAGUGCGGCGCAAUCUCACCAAGGAAGAGGCUUUCGAUACCCUGAAACAUCACUUCCAUAGCCCAAUAUUCCAGCAAUCUCUAUCGGAGUCCGUCGAAGCACAGAGUAUCGACUCCGCCUUCCUCAGGGGAAAGUACAACACAUGGGGCGAGAGUCAGUUGCGGACAAAGAUACGCAGUCAUCAAGACGUGGGACGACGAUUUUACGAUAGCGUUUUCGAUCAAUACGUGAAUGAUGAUUGA